AUGGAGGAGAACUCCCCAAGAAAAGCGGAAUGGAGGGUGAGGGCAUCGGGGUGGUGUGGGCGGUGUGGGUGGAGAAAGCCACACGGCGUGGAUUUGGGCGUGGUCAGCUGUAUGUACCGGUACAGUUCCAUCGUCCGUUUUGGUGGUGACCGAGUGGAUACCGCCGAUGCGGGAAUGGCCCGAAUGGAGGGAAGGGGAAGAGUCCGAAAGAUGGGUGAGGGUGAGCUGGGCGAUCUGGACGGCGAUGACCACCAGGCAUGACAGGACGCUCAGCCGAGCGACAAUUGAACGAGAUAAAAGGAAGCGCAAAAUUUUGUUACAUGCCAUCACGUACCACCAAAUAACCGAGACCUUUGCUGAUACCGGGACGCGGCGUGGCGUAGCUCUGGGCGUGGGAUGGACGUCAGCGUCCAAAACACAAGACAAGAG